AUGACUUAUUCGACGCCACUCCUCGCUCUGGCCCUCGCCGCCUCGGCAGCCGCCACCCCGCUCUCGACGCACGCCAACCCGGCGGCCCGGUCGAGCUACCCGUUCGCCCUGGCGCCCCUCCACGUCGCCGAGCACGAGGCGCCGCACGGGCUGGUCAACAACUCGUACAUCAUCAUGUUCAAGAAGGACGUGCCCCUCGCCGCGUUCGACAACCACUUCAACUUCCUCCAGUCGGCCCACGAGGAGGACCCGCUGCUUGGCGACGACUCUGGCCUCCGCCACGUCUGGAACUCGAACCUCCGCGGGUACGCCGGCAAGUUCUCAGACUCUGUCCUCCAGCGCAUCCGCUCCAUGCCCGAGGUCGACUUUGUCGAGCGUGACCAGAUUGUCCGCACACAGGACAUGGAGACGCAGGACGUACAGAAGUCGGCGCCCUGGGGUCUCGCCCGCGUCAGCCACCGCCCCAAGCUGUCCUUCAGCACCUUUACCAAGUACGAGUACGAGCCGCUCGGUGGCGAGGGCGUUGACGUAUACGUCAUCGACACCGGCAUCAACAUCCAUCACGACGAGUUUGAGGGCCGUGCCUCUUGGGGAAAGACCGUUCCCAGGAAUGACCAGGACAUUGACAACAAUGGCCACGGAACCCACUGCGCGGGUACCAUUGCCUCUAAGCGCUACGGUGUCGCCAAGAAGGCGAACGUGAUUGCUGUCAAGGUCCUCGGCUCGAACGGCUCCGGUACCAUGGCCGACGUCAUUUCUGGUGUCGACUUCGCCGCCAGCGAGGCACAGAAGAAGGACGCCGCCGCCCGCGCCGAGUUCAAGGCCACCGGCAAGACCAAGCACAAGGGCUCCGUCGCCAACAUGUCCCUCGGCGGUGGCAAGUCCCCCGCUCUCGACAUCGCCGUCAACGGUGCCGUCGACGAUGGCCUCCACUUCGCCGUCGCUGCUGGUAACGACAACCGUGACGCAUGCAAUUACUCGCCCGCCGCCGCCGAGAAGGCCGUCACUGUCGGCGCCUCGACGCUCGGUGAUGAGCGCGCGUACUUCUCCAACUUCGGUCCUUGCGUCGACGUCUUCGCUCCCGGCCUCAACAUCCUCUCGACCUGGAUCGGCUCGAACACCGCUGUGAACACCAUCUCGGGCACGUCGAUGGCAUCCCCGCACACCGCUGGCAUGCUCGCCUACCUCCUCUCCAUCUAUCCGCACAAGACCUUCGACCCCGUCGUCGGCGACCUCGUUCCUGAGGCGUACUCCGCGCAGGCCCCCAUGAGCUCUUGGUCAGGCAUGUACGAGACCGCGUUCAGCGUCAUGCCGUCGUGGGCCUCGCGCUUCCUCCCGCCGCCAUCGAUGAUCGGCGCUUCGAGCGGUGCUGCACCCGGCGAGUACAAGACGCUCAGCCCGCCCGAGCUCAAGGCCGCGCUCGUCGGUCUCUCGUCUAAGGACCUCUUGACCGAGAUCCCGAAGGACACGAUCAACCUGCUCAUCUUCAACAACUACACGCGCUCAGAUUGA